UAGGUUUAAAAAAAGGGGGUCAAAACUCAAACGAGCAGAGGUCGCUAGUGGAGCAAGAGCAACACCACCAAUCCAAAAAGAUUGUAUUCGCACAAACAGAAUAAGAUACUAAAAGCUGCUCAAAUUGCUAUUAUUAUGUUUUUGGGGGUUCUUCAUCAUCCAGGAAAUUAAAUUAAGGGCAUAUUACAAUUUCAAUAGAUGUUUGGAAUUUCUUUUUCUCAAUUAGUUGCACCCACUAGUCCACUUAUAGCUUCUUCAAGGUGUUGCUCAAGAAACAAACUGGUAGUUAAAAUGACAGCAGUUACAAAUGUGAAGCAUGAAAAAUUAAUCGAGUCGGUUGUUGUAAAGCCGCCUGUUCACCCGACUUAUGAUUUAAAGGGUGUUAUUCAACUAGCCCUUUCUGAAGAUGCUGGAGAUAAAGGGGAUGUGACUUGUUUGGCCACAAUACCGACUGAGAUGGAAGUCGAGGCGUAUUUUCUGGCGAAGGAUGAUGGAAUUGUUGCGGGGAUUGCGCUUGCUGAGAUGAUAUUUAAUGAAGUUGAUCCUACUUUGAAGGUGGAAUGGUUUAGAAAAGAUGGAGAUAAUGUUGUUAGAGGACUAAAGUUUGGCAAAGUGCAUGGAAGGGCGCACAGUAUCGUUGUUGCCGAAAGAGUUGUGCUCAACUUUAUGCAGAGGAUGAGUGGCAUAGCCACACUCACAAAGGCCAUGGCAGACGCUGCUCAUCCGGCGUGCAUUUUGGAAACAAGAAAGACUGCUCCGGCAUUGCGUUUGGUGGAUAAGUGGGCGGUACUCAUAGGUGGAGGGCAGAAUCACAGGAUGGGUUUAUUCGAUAUGGUGAUGAUAAAAGACAAUCAUAUUUCCAUAGCUGGAGGCGUUUCGAAUGCGCUCAAAUCAGUUGACGUUUAUUUAAAGAAAAAUAAUCUCCAGAUGGGUGUUGAGGUGGAGACUAGGACAUUUGAAGAAAUACACGAGGUCCUUAAUUAUGCUUCCCAAAACGAUACUUCGUUAAGCCGAAUAAUGUUGGAUAAUAUGGUUGUGCCUCAACCUGACGGAGACAUUGAUGUAUCCAUGCUUAAACAAGCUGUAGAGCUUAUUAGUGGCAAGUUUGAGACCGAGGCAUCUGGAAAUGUUACUCUGGAAACAGUACACAAAAUUGGGCAAACUGGAGUGACAUACAUAUCCAGCGGGGCGCUGACUCACUCGGUGAAAGCGCUUGACAUAUCCCUGAAAAUCGAUACUGAGCUGGCGCUUGAAGUUGGAAGGCGCACAAAACGAGCAUAGUUCAUUGUUAAUACGAGAGUCGGUUUGUUUCCCUUCAAGUGUUUUGUUUCAUGAUUAUGAUAUGAUUUCUCUACUUUGGUUGUAGACAAAUCCAAGGAAUAAGGUCAUAAAGCAUGACCUGUUAAAUUUUACAAAAGAAUCUGUUGAACUUUCUUUUUCUAUAUUUAUUUAUAUUUAACUAACAAAUACCUAUAGACAUGUAAUUCUUUAUUUUAGAAUACACUUUUGGAUGAAUUGGGCUCCUA